CGAACAGGCGGGUUUUGGCGCAGUGUGAGUGUUUUUAAGCAUGCACGGCGAGUGUGUGCGUGUGUGUGAGUGGGAAGAGAGAAAGAGAGGGAGAGUAUUGUGGAAUGUGUGUAUAGCUUGAGUUUUACGAUGAGAAGAGAGGACAAUUUAGUCGUUUAUAGCACUUCUUUGUGGUGAGAUGGCAGCAGCAAAGUCUCGUCCUUCGUGAGAAAGUGUUGUAUAGUAAUUUUUCUAUAUAUUCUCCUAUCGUUACAACCUGUGGUGAAUAUUUUGUGUUGUGCGGAGAAGACUAAUUUUUUUUCUACAAGAAACCACCGCCAAAUUUACAUACAACUUCCCUAUGGAUUAGCUUAAGAGGAGGAGGAGGAGAGAGAGAGAGAAAGAGAGAGAGUGAUGCGCUCCUGUGAAAACUGUUCAGUGUCUCUUCAUGGCUGAAUUCCUUCAAUUAUGUGCCACAAAUGUAUAUCAUAUCGAUGCAAUUCUUGAGUGUAAAAUUAGAUCGUUUGUGCCGACCAUUUUAUGAGAGAGACAGAAGAGUGGCGAGAUAGUGUGCAAGUGAGAGACAAUAUUCGUGUUUUCCCUCAACAAAACUCACACCACUGUCCAUUUCUUGGGUGUGUUGCGUUGAUUCGGUUUUUUUUUUCUUCUUCUCUUCUUCUCGUGUGCAUUUACUACGGCAAUUUAGAGGCAAUGUCAAAUAUUUUCGAGAAAUAGAGUAUUUUGUAGAGAUUGCAGUGAGAGAGAGCCAAAGUGGGGUAUUUUGAGUGCCAAUAAUAGUGAUUCCCAAAAUGAAAUGUGCAUAUUUUGAUACAAACAAGCAAUUUCUGGGAGAUUGUUUUGGCCACAAUGGCCCAUCGUUGAGGAUUGUGCGAAGGAGUGCGUGUGUGCUGUAUUGAUUAUCAAUUUUUUUGUGUGUGUUCAAUUAGAGGAAAGUGCGCGGCGAUAGUGAAGAAUUUGGGAUUUGCGAAGAAAGUGCGUUAAAUUCAGCGUGAGACGAUCAUGUCGAUGCGGAGCCAAAUGGUUCCGCAGCAGCCAUCGCCAAAUGUGGGUGGCAGUGGUCCAUGUAUUGGCGGUGGCAACAAUAGUGGUGCCAAUAAUAUUGUUGUGAUGCAAAAAUCCGUGGCAAUUGUCACGCCACAGCGCAGCAAUUCGCUCGAUUAUUUGAACUUCGAGGAGAAGCGCCAAUUGAUCGCGUCGUCACUUUCGCUGUCGGAUAUUUUGCAUUGCGGACCCGCGGCGGCGGCAGCGGCGGCCAAAGAGGUGGCAGCGAACACGGUUAUAGCGAAAAAACAACACAACGGCGCUGCACUGCGUACAAAUAGUUUAGGUUCCGGAACUAGGACACCGCCGAUUGAGCGAAAGAGCAAAUUUAGUGCAUUCGGACGAUUUUUCAAACCAUGGAAGUGGCGACGAAAAAAGAAGAGUGAAAAAUUUGAAGCUACAUCGAAAUCACUAGAGAGAAAAAUUUCUGUCCGUGCCAAUCGUGAAGAAUUAGUUCAAAAGGGAAUUCUUUUGCCGGAUUCGCCAAUUUCAACAAUUCCAGAGUCAGGUGACGAUUCGUCCCUCUACAGUCCAUCUCCCAACGGUACAAACAAUGCCGUCCUCACGAGUCCGACCAAUCCAAACAAUCAGUCACUGCUAUCGCAGAACCACAACAAUAAUCACAACAACAACUCCAGCACGGUGUCGAUGUCUUCGGGGCAUGUGCCUUCGUCGCAGUCAGCACAGCAGAUUGGCGGCAGCCACUUAUCGGCGGGAAUUGCGGCUCUCAUGGCGGGCAGCGGAACCGGCGGCAGUCACGUUGCGCACUCACAGUCGGCGCAUCAGCUGGGCCUCCAACCAGCGGCGCCACUGACACCUAUGGCGCAACACCAGCAGGCGCUCCAUCAGCAGCUGCAGCAGCAUUUCGCCAAUAACAACCUCGAACCGAGGAAAGAGAAGACUGACGCUAAUGCCGGUGGUAACAGUGCUCUCUCUCCGAGCAUAGAUCAGCCGGGCUCUGGACUGCCGCCGGGAAGUUGCGGAAAUGGUGACAAUAACAAGCCAGAACGUCCCAAUUCUCUGGGUCCCACGAAGUUGUCCAGACGCAUCAUCUUCUGCCACGGGGAUCACUAUGGAGAGCAGCCACAGGGUGGAAUCCGUGGGCCGACUCCCCCGCCAUCCGGCCAACAGCAGACGCCGUCAGGCGAUGGACACCAGCAGCAACUGUCGGCCCAUAUCUUGCUGUCUGAGCUACCGGAACCACCGAUUCCAGUGUCAGAGAUUGGACCAAUCCCACCACCGCCCAUGUUCUCCACGCCGAGUCCCACGCUGAUAGCCGGCCGGCCGCACGGGCCCGGCGCUCAGAUGCAUGGCGGUGCCAACAGCGGCAUUGGCAGUAUUCACAACGCACAACUCGAGCUGGCAGACUACGACUACGACGUAAGCUAUUUUAGCAUGGAACUGAAGCUAGCAAUCUGCAAACGCCAAAAUCUGAAAUGCGUAACAUAUCAAGAUGAGUUGGAUGGUGAGGAUUUGGACUCUGAUGAAGAGUACAUGUUCCACAUGAACCAACCGAAUCCCAACAUCGACACGGGGCGUGUGGAGGAGAUUCCCGCCAAGGAGCCCCUCUUCAAUGCCGUGCCCCUGAAGUCUGCACUGAAGAAGAAGAUCAGCAACUCGGGCCCUGGGAGUGUGGGAACGUCAGCAGGCUCGAGUCCAGGCACUCCGACGCAGGACAACAACAGCAACAAUCGUCCAUUGGUUGUUCGUCAGGAGAACAAUUCGUCUCUCAAGCCCAUCCUGCGGCCAAGGAUUAGAAUAUGUGCGCGACCGAUGCGUUUUGGGAUUGGGCUGCCGUGCACGAUGGAGAACAAGGAGAAUGCCCGCCCGUAUGUCGUGCGUGAGGACACGGACAGUGACCAAAGCGAUGGUCCAAUCUUGUAUCGCGAUGACGACACGGCGAGCGAUCGUGCGGCCAAGAUAGCGCGCAAGGAGAGCCUUUCGCUGAAGCUGGCCCUUCGUCCGGAUCGACAGGAUCUCAUCAACCGCAACAUUCUGCACGCGCAGUCGGACAAUGAGCGUCUGGAGUCCAAGGAGGCAAUUGGUGCUAAGCUCAUCCGGCGUCUAUCCAUGAGACCAACAGCUGAGGAGCUGGUGGAGCGAAACAUUCUCAAAACCCAAACACCCGCCGAGGAGAAGAAGCAGAAGGAGGAGAAGAAGAGAUAUUUGCUGAGAAAGUUGAGCUUCAGGCCAACUGUUGAGGAGCUGAAGGAGAAGAAAAUCAUCCGUUUCAAUGACUACAUUGAAGUGACUCAGGCACAUGAUUACGAUCGGAGGGCGGAUAAGCCGUGGACUCGCUUGACGCCCAAGGAUAAGGCCGCCAUCCGGAAGGAGUUGAAUGAAUUCAAGAGCUCAGAAAUGGCUGUGCACGAAGGCAGUCGUCAUCUCACGAGAUUCCAUAGACCAUGACGAUUGCAAUGCUUCAUCGCGAUGGACAUGGGCGCAGAGAUGAUGCUACUGAUUUUGCUGUCACACUUGAUCCUUCCGGAAAUUGACUCUUUUCUGUACACUAAAGUGCCGACAGUGAAAAACUGCUGCUACGAAGCGAGUUGCUGUGAUAGACCUGUUGACGUUAAUAAUUUUUAGCGAGCGCCAUUCAUUUUAAUUAGGCAAGAGAUGUAAAGCUGAGGAGGAAACACGAGAUUCAUUUAACACUUUGCAGGAGGAAGAAGAAGAAGAAAAAGAAAUUCAUUGAACACUUCUUUUUUCUAUCUCAACGGUGGAGAACGAAGGACAGACAGAGAAUUGUCUCUGCCUGGGAGGAAUGAUAGGAGAUUAUUAUGUCUCCAUAAAUUCCACUUCAAUUGAAAUGAAAAGACAAUGAUGGCACUUUUUCCUCUCUCUCUCUCCUCGAGGACACAAUGUGUCUUCUUCAUGGCCACGCGGUGGAAGAAAGAAAAAAAAGAGAAAGAGAGAAAAGUCGCAAGAAAUUCCUAUGAAUGUUCUUGUAAUUAAUUGGUAAAAUAUGAGAAGAUGCGAAGAACAUCAAUCUCCAUCGACUGAGACAAGAGAGACACAAGUCAGAGAGAGAGAGAGAGAGAAGGAAAUUGUUGUCUGGCUCUGCCGACGAGGAGAGAAAGUCAGUCGUUCUUGGUACAGUAAAUAGAAAUGAAGAAAAACAUGUAGAGAAUUAUAUUUAGUUGUAUUGUACAUAUCGAAGAAGUUUUGCGUAUAUUUUUUAAGUAAUUUUCUAUACUUUUAGUUGGAGUAAAAGAAAAUAUGGUUUUGUUUUUUUGUCACCAAUUCACACACCAUCAACAGCAGGUUGUUGAUGAGAAUCAGCAGAAGAAAUAGAAGAAAAAAAAUAUGAGAUGGAAGAUCUGCAAUUUUCGCGAAGUGUUGGAUCGACAGGGGCGUGCAAGGGAAGAUUUGUGACAUAAUUUUCAUAAUGUCCCUGGCACAUUGAAGUGAAAUCUUAGAUGAAAAACCCUUUAAACGUAAAAAAAUACAAGUAAGAAAUAUAUUUAGCAAUGAACAGAAAUAUAUAAAAAUAAUCAAAAA